UAUCAUCCAUGGACCCGUUUUUCUAACUUGUUUUUCUAGGUUGGGUCUAUGAUGUUGCGUUUGUGAUUUGUGUUAAGCAAGUAAAUUUCGACUAUAAUUUUUAUAACUUCAAUUUUUAAGACUUCAAGUAGAAUUUGUCACUAUCUGAAAAUAGAGACAUGUAUCAAUAAUGUUCUCAUAUAAUCAUAGGUGAAUGUCGUAUUUACCCUCCGCCAAGACCAUGAGCUUUGGCGAAACUAUUUUACGUAAAUACGGCUGGACUCAAGGCAAGGGUCUAGGUAAAAGAGAAGAUGGGAUUGCUGCUCCUGUCCGUGCUAGCCUGAAAUUCGAUCAAACUGGUGUUGGUUAUGACACAGCUAAUGCAGAGUCAUAUGGUGAUAAAUGGUGGUCUCGUACUUACAAUGAUGCAGCCAAUAGGAUAGACGUCAAAAAUAAAGAUGGAGAUGUUACUUUUAAAUCAAAGAAAAAAAAAAAGAAAGUUAAGAAAAUUAAAACUGAGGAGGUUAAAUCCAUUUUAGAAUUAUCAGAUGAUCAGUUAUUCCAAGCUUGUGGUGGGAUUACUUGUCAUAAAGCUGCUAGGCAUGGAUUAAAUAUGGAUGGAAAGUUGGCUAGAUUACGUAAACAAGAUGAACAAUUAUUGGCCGCUAAUAAAAUAAAAGAAGAAACCAGUGUCAUGAAAAAUAAAAAAUAAAAUGUAAUUGACAAUUGUACAAUUUUAU